AUGGAAAAUAAUUUUGAUGAAAUUGAGAUGCAAAUAGGUGUUAAUACAAACAAUAUAUUUAUUAGAUUACAAGCAAAUGAGUCUAAAAUUUAUUAUGGAUUCCAGUCAAAAGAAGGAAAAGAAUUUAAAAUUGACUCGUUUAUCUUUGAAAAUAACGAUAUUCUUGGAUGUGGAUUAGUCUAUCCGAUAGUUGGUGGUUUAGUUGAAAAAUUGCCUUAUUUAUUUUUUACUCAAAAUGGAAAGCAAAUUGGGAAGGCUGUUUUACUUGAAGAAAAUAAAGAAGUUUAUGAACCUUUUAUUUCUUUAAAGUGCUGCUCUGUUGAAACAAAUUUUGGGAAUGAUUUGAAGGAUAAACCUUUUAGCUAUGACGUUUCUAAGCAUUUUUUGCUUGAUGAAUUUUAUUAAAUGAAUGAGGGGUUGAGAGUUUGACUGAGAUUUAAAAAUAUUUUUUGAUGAUUUAUUCUUUAAAAGAAUUUUGUUUUGAAUU